ACGAGUUCACUAUGUGCAACUAUCUGAACUUUUUCUGAUUCUUCUUCAAUAUUCAACUUUAAAAUAGGUAGGGGCGGGUCCAUGUUCUUCAACCAAUGAAGCUCAUUUUCUGUUUAUAGGCCUAGCGUUAGCUGUAGUUAGUUCCUCUCUAACGCCAUAUUGGGUACAGCACAUAUGAGUUGUUGGUUGUUUUCUUGCUUCUUACUACGGAACUGACAGUGACCUGGUCCUCAAGCCUUCUCUUGUUUUGGGCGGAUUGUUUUUCGCUUACAAGGGGUAGUCACGUUGGCUGUUUUACGCAUGGUGUGCAUGCAUUUAACUUCUCACCCAGAUCGCAUAUUUAAAAGGAAUAUUUUUUUCAGCAUAUACCGUUGCUUGCGUGUUGGGGCGUUUUAUGUGCAACAAAAUGUCAAAUGUUCGUCUUUCGAAUGGGAGCCCGACAUUGGAAAGGGUGGAUGCCUGUCCGACGGAUAACACGAAGCCCUCGAUUUGCAGAAAUCUAUUCGGAACGGGAGAUCCUGAAGAACGUAAAAGGGUGUGUUCGUUGCAAAUCAAAGAGAUGGCGAAGAAUUUUAGCGAUAAAUGGAAUUAUGAUUUCAUUAACGACGAGCCCCUUCCCGGGGGUACAUAUACAUGGGAACUGGUGGAAAGUCCAGCUGCAUUUUACACCAGACAGCCCCACAAGCGAGUCAGUCCCACUGAAAAUAUGUACCAGAAUGGGAAUCACGAUUACAGCUGUCCUACGAACGAGUCUGAGGUCUCCACAAACACCGAAAUGAGCGAGCGGCAGACGGAUGGUCCGAUCUCUGACAACCAGGCAAGAAAAAGACCAUCAAGUCCAGAACCCGAAAGUCCAAGUAAAAGGUUAUGUUCCAGUGAAGAGGUUGAAGUCAUGUCAAAGUCAGUACAACAGACACCCAGCAAAAAAGAUUCCAGGACACAUGAACACUAAAACCGAGCAAUGAGACAUUUUUCGUUGAAUACUGUACUUCAGGCCAUGAAGAAGAGAGGAGGGAUCGAAGACAUGACAAGAUCCAAAAUGGGCCUUUCUCUGGGUGGAGGGAGGCUGUGCAAGCACUGAAUAUUUACACUAAAGUUUUGGCACUCAAUUUAAUCCAACUGCCUCAAAAGCAGAAAAUGUAGCAGUGUGCAAAAAAAAAUGAUAUUUUUCUUUUUUGCUCAGUUUUCUUUUUACUACCUACAGUAUGUUUCAUAUGUAGCAGCAUAAAAAAACAAUAUUAUUUUGAUUGAAUGUGCAUAAGUUUGACUUGAAGAAUUGCUGUGCAGUUUUCAAAAAUGUAUGUUGUUUCUUUGUAAAAGUGGUCAUUUGAUAUCCUUGUUCAGGUAUAAUUAGUAGUUGCAGUAAAUGCAGAUUAUUUCUACGUCAGGGUUUUUGAGAGUAUUAAUCAAAGAUUCCGUUUUUAGUUUGUGGCUUUAUGCAGUGUUCUGUAGUAGUACAUAGUGUUAAGGCCGGUUUUCGAAAGCUGAUCAUUGGGUUUUGGGGUCAAUUACAUUUCAAUUGAGGUAAUAAACUCAGUGCAGUUUUCCUAAUACUUUUCAGUAAGAAAAUUAUAAAAAUUUCAGAGUAAUUCCUGAAUUUCUAUGUGACUGAUCCCACUUCUGCUGGUCAUACACUAAGGUCACACUGUCAAUCAGAUAGACUUUUGUUAUGACCUACCUAUAUAAAGUUUACAUACAAUAAAAUGAGCGAUAUAUAAUACAUUGUUUCUUAUUGGAAGAGGAAAAGAUCCUGCCAAAGUUCCCACGUUUUAAUUAUUAUGGAAAAGUGAACACACAAGUGGGGCUUAGUCAAGGCAAAGGUGGAAUUAUUGGUAAAAAGAAGAAAAAUAUGAAUACCCAUUUUAAAGCAAUAUUAUACCACCUUAAAAUCCGUUGAUUCCCUUUAACUUAUUCAUAAUGUUGGUCUAGUAUGACUAGAGUAGCCUACACUCUCAGAUGUGUUGUAACCACUGGGCUAUUACACACUUACGCAAACAUGUGAAUUGACAUGUGAAUUUGCCUCUAAUUGUGUGUUGAAUUCAUGUUGAGCAUGACGUGGCACUCUAUAGACCGCAAACAUUAUCAGUUCUCAUCUUUGAGAAUAAAGACAAAGUUACACUGCAUGGUCUGUGUAAAACUUUGAAGUGUACCUGUGUAUAUUUCCUUGUAAAAACACUGAGAAAACUAUACUAACUUAUUUAUGUUCAGCUUUUUGUAUCUGUGGGUGUAUGAAUAUCCAAAGUGGCAUUUCCUUUGCAUUUUCUUGUAAAUACUAUACAAGUAAUUUUUUGGAUACAAAAGGUUGCAGAACUGAGCCUAAUUAGAAAUAUACCUGUAUAUUUUGUAUUGUGUCUCUAAAACUGGCAAUCAUUUGAUUAAAAAAAUGAA